AUGAGCUACCAGCUGGAGCGGACACGCAACAACCAGCGUCGCAGUCGUGCUAGGAAGCGCGAUUACAUUGCGACGCUGGAAGCCAGAAUCCAGGAUUGCGAACAGUCACGGCGAGACGGAUCGUUACGUGGCUCCGAUGACGAUAGAGACACCGUAGACAAACUUCAGCAAGAGAAUGGUCGCCUUAGCCUGUUGCUUGAGGCUAUUGGUAUUAACAAGGACUUUCAACACUCCUAUCUAGGGACAGAAGGGCUAUCUCCCCUGGUCCAGGUGGUUGGCGAGGACACUAUUGGCAAUCUACAGGGGGAAUCUUCCACGAGCGCAUUGACUGUCCCGAACCAGCAGCAGCAGUCAAUAGGAUGGCCGCAGCCCCCUAUUACGGUGGAGUUUCCAGGGCCUGCACUUCCUGCGGAUGAAUGGAACCAAAACCCUUUAGUCAAUUCGACAUUCUCAUUGUCUACACCUUUACCACCGGGCAUGAUGGUUCACCCGCAGACUCAACCACCACAAAGCUUCCAUAACAUGGCGCUGAAUCCCGAUGCCAUUUCACUGGUUACGCAGCUCCUGGCUGCAUCCCCUGAUGGUUUGACGCCAUGUUCAUUAGCCUAUUCUCUCGCCUAUCGAUAUAACCGUAAGGGACACGAAACUGCGUAUUUGGAUUUUAGGCUUUAUAUAGGCUAUCGGGCAUGUACUGCUGUCGGUGACGGAUGUGUGGUGGAGAAUAAGGUAUUAUUCGGAGUUUUAGCAGAUAUUUCGUAA